AUGCUCGCCCCCGCGCAAUUCCUCUCCGGGAUCGGCAGCAACUGCCCCAGCAACCUCGGCUUCCUCGCCUACAACUACUACACCCAAAUCGCCUGGUACCAAGCCGUCCGCGACAAGCAGCUGCACGCCCUGUCCCUCCUCCCCGUCCACUUCAACCUGGUCUACCUCUUCACCUACUGGGGCGGGGUGACCUCGGGCAACAUCUACAUGGCCGUCCUGCAGGGCCUCGGCACCGCCGCCGUGCUCAUCCUCAACACAGUCUCCGCGUGGAAGAGCUGGGAGACGAAUCUGCCCGAGGGGUACGGGACGUACCAGUUCUUCUUCUUCGGGUGGCGCACGCUCACGCCCGGGUGGCGCAAGUUCAUCCUGGCGUGGCAGAUCGGGGACUCGCUGUUUGCGGUCAACGGCGUGCUUAUCACGCUCGUUCUGCCUGUUGUUGCGGUCCAGCGCCGGUGGGAGAGGAAGGUAGAGUGGUGGUUCAAGUAUCUGGCUGUUCCUGCUGGGGCCGCGCUCAUGCUUUUCUGCUUCUGGCCGCUUAUCCUGUGGACGGAGCUGAUUGUGCAGCGGAAUCAUAUCGAGUCGGAGACGGAUAUGGUCGCCGUGUGGCUGUUUGUGGCGCAGUGUGUUGCUAUGAUCGUUCCUAGCUGUACGGGGUGGAUGAGGUCAGGAAAGGAGAGAACCGGGGGAGAUCGUGGCGAGGAUGGUGAGUCACUGUGGUCUACGUUCUGCGCGGUGGCCAGAGGUCUCAGGAGACCGGCGAUGCAGGAUGGAAAUGAGUUACAACCUUGA